AUGUCUUCAAUCUUCCAGGCCCCGUGGGUAUCCUACUUUCUCACCACCAUCACCACCAUAAUCUACCUCUUGGUCGGUCUGACCCUGUGCCUCAUCGGCGCGCACCAGGAGUCGUGGUAUGAGCUGCGCAAGUGGCAUAGGCGAUACAUGGAUUACCGCAUCGGUGGUAGCAUCGCGUAUGAAGACAUCGCAUUCUGGCCGCUGACGUGGACGGGCAUUGUGGUCUACACGGUGUACCGGCGCGGCUGUUUCACGUCAUCAAGCAUCGACGGGGAGUUGCAUCUCGACGACAUCCGCUUGCUCGAGGAGCUCGAGGUCCAGAAGAGCGCCGCCGCUGGCAGGGGCUGCUCAGUAACGAACUGGAACUGGUCGUACGGAGGCAGGGCUCAGGGACGAAGGACCAAGCAUCGGCUUCAUCGGGAUGAUGGAAGACAGAGUUUGAUAGCCGUUCCGCAACGGGUUAAGCAAAUUGGGCUAUGGGUGUUCAGGAGGGAAAACGAACCUGCGAUAGUAGAGGAGCAUGCUCUUCAAGAUGUAUGA